AUGUUUUAUACAAGAUCAAUUUCUCCAAUGCCUAUUAUGAAUAAUAGACCUAUAUUUAAUAAUCAAUUUAAUCAUUUACAAAGGCAUAGAUCUUAAUAUUAGAAUUCUAAUAGUACCGAUAAUUUAAGGAAAUCAGAGAAUAGACUGUCUAAUUCUAUUGUAUUUAAAUAAAACAACAGUAGAGUUUUAUCGUAAAACAGCUUAAAUUAUUCUUUAAAUAUUAGAAAUUCAGAUUAUUAUGUGCAUUAAAAAUAUCUAAAUAAUAAGUCAUUAAAUAGUUAUAAUUAAAACUUGAAAAUUCCAAAUACUUUUUUAUAAUAAGUACCUCAAAAUUUCGCUUUAAAUAAUUAAAAACUGAAUUAAGCUAUAGAAAGGAGUGAAAAAAUAAUUUAUGAUAUUAAUCAGU